AAUAAACAAUAGAGAUAUGACUAUGAGAGGAACGUAAAGAUGAUCGGACGGAUGAUGAUAGUUGGAAGUUAAAGACUAAUGAGUGAAUGUGAAAACAAUAGUUGAACUAAUUCCAUUACCAUAUUUAAAUUAUUUCAACCAUGAUUAAAAGUGAAAACGACGUAAACUCCCUAAGCAGUUUUGCUAAUUGAUAGAAAAUAAGAAUAUUUUAUUCGAAAAUGGAACUCGGGAUUUUGCUGCACUACAUUUGAUGAUUUGAUGCGCGACCGGUGAUGCGCGGGACUUUUGAAUCUCUUUAAGUUAGGUUAGCUUGGUUUGCUGAUUCAGUCAUUCAGAAGACAUUAAAAUAAAAUUGUUGGUGAUGUGUUAGGAUUUGGGAGUAGUUGAGAAGUGUUGCCGGUAGCACCUAGUAGUAAGAACUACGAGUUGUAUAAUUCGAUAAUCACAUGAUGACUACGAAGCUGUUUUGAAUUCAUGCUAGAAAGAUUCCAUUUAGUUUUGUUUAGAACGUUCUAAACAAAACUCGCUAAAUCGUUAUUAGAUCGUUCCAGCAUUGAGCCAUUGACGCUAACGGCAGUCGCAAAGUUGAAAUCGGCACUCACUCGUGUGCCACUGUGGCACUGCGCUGGUUGCUGACUUGCUGUAAGUUUCUACAUCAGACUACGUGAAUUGAAAAUUUUGCCUUGUUGUUAAUAUGAACGUAGCUAAAACGCCUAAUUGCAAUGUGGAAAUUAAAGCGACCAUUCGCGAUUUUGUUAGCUUUUGCACCAUUGCUAAAGAGGUUUCCAAUACUAGUGCCAUAAUAAUUCUUCAGGAAGAUACAUUCUUUGAUGUUCCAAAAGGUCGUUUGAAGCUAAGAAAGAAGACCGAGGAAGGAAAAGUGGAGGAGCAGUUGAUAUACUAUGACCGUCCUGACACACCUGGGCCUAAGACCAGCAGCUUCUACCUGGUGCAAGGCAGCAGUGUGGAGGGAGGCUUGCAGCCUCUUCAGGAUCUGCUGACUGCAUGCCUAGGAGUGCGAGGUCGCGUGCUCAAGACUCGCCACCUUUACCUGCUGGGGCAAACUCGUCUGCAUGUAGAUCGUGUUGUGGGGCUAGGAGACUUCAUGGAGCUCGAGGUGGGCCUAACAAACAAU